AUUCACGGACUGCCAUGCACUACAUCUCGGACGCAGCCGACGGCGCGACGCACCCUUGCUACCGCCACCAAGACACGGUUGGCGUCGUGCUCGAGAUGACGCCGAGCGAGCCGUCGACGACGUACAGGGUCUCGCGGACGCCGCGAAGCGACCACUCGGACGGUGACGAACAGCACGAGCAGUCGCCGUCCGGGAGACGACGUGGCGACGACGAUGACACGAACCGGUCGACGGUCCGCCACACGAAACGGCAGCAGGAGCGGAUGCAAAAGCUACAGCAGCUUGAGAGCAUCGCGUCCACUUUGGACGACUGGAAGGCCGAUGUCUCGCAGGCGGCCACCGCGUUCGCGGCCCAGGUACGCGACUCGAUGCUCUUCAAGCUGCUACAUCAAGACUCGUCCGACAAUUUAUUGCCGUGGGAUCUGGAUGCGAUCGAGAACGCAAAGAAGCGGCUGCUGCGGCACGUCGUGAUGCGCCUUAUCGUGCUUCUCAAGUGGCGGGCCUUUGGGCUGCGCAUGUAUUGCGAACAGCUUCUCAUGCACGGCCUCCUCCUCCUCACGUUCACUGUCUCCCUCGUCAUUGGAUUUGGCAUCGAUACCGCGACCAGCGCCGAGCUCGAUCAAGUGCUCAUCGGGUGGCUUUACAAGGCGGUCUGCGCCUGCAUCGUGCUCAUCGUCGGGGGCGGCACGAUCACCGGACUUCUACUAAAGUACGACGACGUCCAGCCGCUCUGCAUUUCGACGGCGACGAUCAACACGACGAUGGACGGCGAGGACAAAAAGGGCCGGUUCAGCGAGCGCUUUGUCGCGCUCAACAAUGCACUGCUCGGUCUCUCGGCUCUCUACUUUUGUGUCUUUGAGUCGCGCGAGUUUGCCGCUGACAUGCUCGACGACGACGAACCUCGCGGCUUCGUCCAUCGCGGUCUCCGUGCUCUGAGGUACAUGCUCACGUCGACCUUCGCGUUGCUCAAGGGCGGCAAGCCAACGCCGUACCUCGAGUCGUACUGGAACCGCAUCCAGCUCCCCACCUUCUUCCUUAUCCUCAUCUACGUCGUCUGCGAGUUUACGGCACCCUUCUCGGCCACCAUGCGCGUCUACGCUGGCAUUCCCGCGCUUUUUUUGGUCUGGGUCAUGAGCGUCUCGUACCUUGAGGUCAUCCCCGCCGUCGGGUACCUCCUCCCGAUGAUGCGCCGCAUGCUGGCCGACGUCUUUCGCUACUUGGCCUUCUACUUUCCGAUCCAGUGCGCGUACACAUGUGCGUACUACCUCCUCUUCAAGAGCCAAGGCUACUACCUCAAGCCGUAUGAGCCCGACCAAACAUUUUUCGACAAGUUUAGCCAGUCCCUUGGCUCAGUCUUUCCCGGUACCAACAACGAGACCGAGGCUACAUUUGCUCUCCUCGCGAUCCUCAAGAAUAAGGACCCGAACGAAAUGUUCAAAGGCUACGAAAGCGUGCCCAAGAGCUUCCUCACCACGUACCUCGUGACGUUUGCGCAGAUCAAUAUGGAGCCGUUCGAACAGCUCGGGACGACGGCGUCGUCCGUGCUCGGCUACUUUCUCGUGCUGACGCACGCGACGAUCGUGAUUGUGAUGCUCCUCAACGUGCUCAUUGCGAUGCUGAACAAGACGAUGGGUGCCCACAUGGACGAAGCCAAGCUCGAGGCGUGCGUGACCUUUGCCGAGUGCGUUCUGCGUAUGGAGAAGACGUCGGCAACGUCCAAGCAGCGCGGCGUGACGUGCAACGCGGUGGAGGUCGGGCGUCUCUUCCACGACCUGUUGCGCGCCGACGCCAACGAGAAGAAUGAGGACAGCGCCGUGCUCCGUGCGAUUGCGACCAUUAGCUCCACCGUCGAAAGCAUCCAAAAACAUGCCAAGAAGGCUUAA